AUGGCUAUGGCUAUGGCUAUGGCCAUGGCCAUGGCCAGGGCCAGGGCCAGGGCCAGGGCCAGGGCCAGGGCCAGGGCCAGGGCCAGGGUACUGGCACUGCUGUGUGUUGCAAGGACCAACAUCAGAUCAUCACAGGCAGCAGAGCGCGAGCCGUGUGCUAACAUUCAGCUGUCGCUCCACAUCUGGAGACAUCACUACUACCGCAACUACCCACCCACCACCGUGCCCGAAAGCUUACCGACGACGCCCCUGCUCGACCAAGGCGUAUGCGGCGUUACCACCAACGACCAGGCGGAGUUGCAGACGAUCAGUCUCGAGGCACCUGCGGGGGCGUGGCCGUGGCAGGUGCUCGUCCUGGGUCUGGACCACAGCUGUGGUGGCAUCGUGCUCAGCAGAGAGUGGGUCCUGUCGGCGUCCCACUGUUUCGGGGAGAGGCUCUUCACGAUCAUGUACGGCGACACGGAUAUAGUCAAAGCCGAAGAGUUGAUGGUGGAGAGAUAUUUUUCUCAUCAUGAUUAUAACGCCCGAACCGGAAGUGACGACAUCGGGCUGGUCAAGCUGGCCGAAGGGUUGAACUUUUCUCGCACGGUGCAGCCGAUCUGCCUACCCACGGGGAACUACUGGGAGGCCUCUCCGUGCUUUGUCACAGGGUGGGGCAGCAAGUCUAAUGAAAAAAGAAAGAACCAUCUCGCUUCCACCAAACUCCAGCAGCUUCGAGUAGAGGUCAUGAACUUGACUCUAUGCCAGACGCUGCGACGUUACCAUGGCGACCCCGACGCCAGCAACGUUUUCUGCAUGGACACACCGUCUGGGGUGGGGUUAGGUGCUGACGACUCCGGCGGGCCGUUGAGUUGCCGGAAGAACGGCCGGUACUACCUGGUCGGGUUUGUGAACAAGGGGGACCCAGUGGCGUACGAAAGUCUCCCCAGCACCUUCCUACCACUGGCCAAGUACGUCCAGUGGAUCGCUGAUACAAUCAAAAACAAUUCUUAGUCUGAAUUCCACUCUUUGAUUAAUUAUUUCUUUAGUGUAAUUAAUUUCUUACAGCUACCUAGGUUUGUAGAACCCUAAAAUAUUUUUUUUAAAUUAUUAUGUUUAGUUGUAAAGCUUCGUCGGAGCUGUGUUAGAAGAGAUUCCCUCCAACACAAUAAAAAAAAUACGUGCUAACAUGUUAUGCGCCAUAAAGGCCGUUGACUGCGAUUUCAGACUGCUUUUCUUUUUGUAUUUGCUUCCGUAACCUUCGUCCAACCAAGGGCAAACUGCAUUGUGUUUGAUAGAGGAGUUGUUUCUCCUAGAAGAGUUAGGGCAAAUGUUAGGAUAAGUAGAGAAAUGUUCGUAGUAAUCGAUUAGUUACCGCACUUGAUAAAUUAAUAAAACGAGAUUUUAUCUAAUACUCAUAACUAUUAACUUUACAAAUAAAUAUGAGACGAAUCUUUAUAGAGAUGAUAAUCCCAC